CCAUCUUUGAAAUAUUAAUUAAAUUAUUAAUAUAAAAUGAAUGCAAGAGGAUUUACAGAAGGUAAGAAUAGCAAUUCAAUCUCCUGAUUGAUUACUUACAACCCUUAGUUAUUAAAACUCAUUUCUUUACACCAAAAUUUAUGUUUUAUUAACCAUUACUCACACAUGAUCUCUAGCGCUUGUAUACUGGGACGUAGGAGAUGACUAUGAAUGAAUUUCCUUAUUAGGAACAGGUUCGUAUGGGAGCGUCUGAAAAGGAAGACACAAAAAGUCUGGAAAGGAAGUCGCUAUAAAACAAAUUAAAGGUAUCUUCGAUAACCAAACCGACUGUAAACGGAUUCUCAGGGAAAUUAAGAUUCUUAGGAAACUUAAUCACCCAUACAUUAUUCGAUUAUUCGAUAUUGUGGAACCCAGAGAUUUGGACAAUUUUUCAGACCUAUAUCUUGUCCUUCAGCUUGCAGACUCUGAUCUUAAAUAAGGUUCUAAGGUCAGGGUUAUUCCUAACUCCAAAGCAUAUUAAAGAGAUCUUAUAUAACCUGCUGUCAGCGCUUUACUACCUUCACUCAGCAAAGGUUCUCCAUCGGGAUUUGAAACCUGCUAAUGUCCUAGUAGAUGAAAAUUGAAGUGUCUUACUCUGAGAUUUCGGUCUGGCUAGGUCUAUUGCAGUCAAAGAAGCACAAGAAGAAACUAAAGAAGAGGCUAAAGACCUUGAAAAUUCUGACCUAACUAAGCAAGAAGAUCUGGUUGAAGCAACUCUUAACUCUUCUAUUAGCCCACCUGAGCCAAAAAAUGAUGUUAAGGAAGAGAAAGCUAGCACACAAAACCACAACGCUGUAGCUAAAGAAGAAGACGAUCACAAAAAAAUACCACUUGAACAAGAAAGUGAGGAUAGGAAAGAUUUUGAGCCAUCUUGACAUACCCCAAAGCUUAGCUUUAAAAAGCCUCCUACACAAAAGAGGAAACCUAAAUCAUCACAGCCUAAGAGGAAGAUCCAGACAGGGAUCUUUAGUAUUGGAGCUGAUGGUGGAUUUACUUCCACUCUAUCUAAACCCAGUGCUGGGCCUCCUGCUUCAGGGCCUAUCCCAGAGUCUAACAGUAUUGUGAAAAAGAGGGACUUGAAAACAAUUGAUAAAACAAAAACCGAGCAAGAUGAGAAGAAAGUUAUAGAUAAACCCAAGAAUGAUCCAAAGAAAGACUUAAAAAGUAAUCUUUCAGUCCAUGUCGUCACUAGAUGGUACAGAUCUCCAGAGAUCAUACUGCUUGAGAGAGACUACGGACCUCCCAUUGACAUAUGGUCGAUAGGAUGCAUAUUUGCAGAAUUAUUAACAAUGUUAAGAGAAAACGCCAAAAGUACAUUUGAAAGAAAGCCAUUGUUCCCAGGCUCUUCAUGAUAUCCCCUUAGCCCCUCUGCUAAGAAUAAAGAAAAGGGAGGGAUCAAAGAGGAUCAAUUAUGAGUAAUCAUCGACAAACUUGGUACACCAGCUGAAGAAGACACAGAGUUUGUUUCUGAUCCAGCGGCUAGGCAAUAUUUAAAAGACUUGCCUAAAAGUGAGAAGAAGAAUUUCAAAGAAAUGUAUCCCUUCCCUGGGGAUGAAGCCCUUGAUCUUCUUGAUAAGAUGUUGCAGUUUAACCCAUACAAAAGAGCUAGUCUCGAGGAAUGUCUCAAACAUCCUCAUUUAGAUGAAGUAAGAAGGGAAUCUAAAAUAGUUGCUGCUCCAGAACCCAUAAUACUAGACUUUGACUUCGAAGACGUUAACACUUCAAUUCUGAGAGAACUCUUCGCUGAAGAAAUACUUUACUACAGGAAUGCCUUCAAAAGGAACCCUAGAAGACCUGAAACUCAGGUCUCCAUGGUUGAAAAGAAGAUUUAUUCUAAACUUCAGUCUUAA